UCCUGGUGUUGAGCCGCGCUGGAGGCGCUCGGAGAGCGGAGCAGCCUUCUCUCCAUCAGCACCGGCCAACCGACAUCUGUCUACCACAUUUACCGCCACAUUUACCGCCUAGAUCCACCUGUGUGUACGUGUGUGUGUUUGUGUGCCUGCUGUGGGAGUUAACGGUACUUCAGUCUUCGGGAAUGAAGAACAAACCCAACCAACAGGUGAGGACCGCGGCUCCGGACCGACCCAACAUGUCGAGCUUCGAGGUGACCGUUCAGCAGCUCAACGAUUUGUUGACGGACGACAGCGGCUUCUACAGCUGGCCGACCGAACACUUCCACGAGGUUUACCCCAGGAUCUACGUUGGCAAUGCGUUUGUGGCGAUGAACUUGAUGCGUCUCAAGCAUAGGGGCAUCACCCACAUCCUGAACGCCGCCGAGGGAAACUCCUACAUGCACGUCAACACCAACGCUGAGUUCUAUGCCGGCUCGGGAAUCACCUACCGCGGCAUACCAGCCAGCGACACCGACCAUUUCGACAUCAGCGUUUACUUUGAAGAGGGGGCAGACUUCAUAGAGAAGGCCCUCGCAUACAAAAAUGGGAAAGGUAAAGUGUACGUUCAUUGCAGGGAAGGCUACAGCCGCUCACCUACCUUAGUCAUAGCCUACCUGAUGCUUCGUCAGAACAUGGACGUCCACAGUGCUCUGGCCACGGUGCGGCACAGAAGAGAGAUCGGACCCAAUGACGGCUUCCUUCGGCAGCUUUGUCGCCUGAACCAGAGGCUGGCUUCCGAGAGAAAAAAAUGAGGCAGGCGAGAAGGCAGAAAGACUAUCCGUCGCAACCCGAAAUGCUGCCAAACUGCAGAAGUCGUGUUCCUCUUCGAGACCAGGUCACUGGUAAAUCUCUCUCUCUCUCUCUCUCUCUCUCUCUCUCUCUCUCUCUCUCUCUCUCUCUCUCUCAUGUUACUGCCCAAACCCAGUAUGCACACUUGUAGGUAAUCUGUGAUUUAUAAAGGGAACAUUGCUUACAGAUGUACGUGCACACGGUUUUAUAACAACACGGUUUGUAUGUAUACUUUUACUAAGGAUCCUACACACAGUUUUAUAAAUGAGACCCCAGAUCUUUCAGUCCCAGCCGCUACCAGGCAGGAUUUCAAGUGGACACUGAUUUUUUUCAGGGUACUAUAGGAGAAUAAUAUCACACACAUUUUUUGUUUAGUAUGUGUUUGAAAACCGCACAAUCUUUAUACUGUAUUGCACUCAUGUCUAGAAGACUAGAACAGUAAAAGAAACCAGGAGUAGUUUUUAAUUUUAAUUGGAAGCGGAACAUGGAAGCGGAACAUCGUGGAUAUAGACUAAUGGCACAGUAACUUCAAUAACCCCCAAUAAACAACAUCUUGUCAGUUUUACCAUGUGUGUUUAUUAGUGAGCUUUACAGGUGCUGGUUACUUUUGGACAGAGCCAGGGUAGCUAUUUCUGGCUCUUUAAAGUCUUUGUGCUAAGCUAGCUGUAGCUUUAUAUUUAAUAUACAGAGAUGAGCGUGGUAUCCAUCUUCUCAUUUAACUCUUGGUUAGUCUUUUUCCCCAAAACAACAAAUUCUUUUAUUCAGCUUUGAGAGAGGACACUUCUCACAGUCUUACAUCAGACAACGUUAACAUUAUUGUCCACCCAGCAUUUGCAUGUAAUGAAGGCAUGUGACCUGUGACAUCAUGACAAAUGGUCCAGUGAGUGGAACCAAGCCACUUAACCCUCCGACUGUAAUUUCAGCACUGCCUGAAAGUGAGAUUUGUUUUCCAGUAACUUUAUCAGAGAACUUCACAAUCAACACCUUUUGCAUAUUAGUGUGUUAACGUUUGUGUGUUUUUGUCAGAGUUUAUGUAGUUUUAUAUUGUACAGCAGCAUGCUUUGUAAUACAAGUGGAAUCGGUUUAUAUUCCUUUGUUAGCACAGCUAUGUCUUUAUGCAUUUACGGAGUCACAAUGUGCAUUAAUAAGCCUGUAACUUGUGAACCAUCAUGCGCAUUACUGAGUAGGAUGUAUUGGUCACGUCAACAGGCCUCAUUGAGUCCCACAGAUUAUGAGACUGCUGAUAUGAAUUGCACUUUUUCUAAUGACACUGAUUGUCAUGAAUGAUUGUUGUUCUUUUUCGUACAUUCAAUAAUAAACUGAAGAUGACACGACUG